ACGUGGUGGAGGGGGUGGUGGGCACGGUAGGGGUAGCGGUCGGACCCUAGACGUAGGGAGGGCUCGCAGUGCCUAUCUUGCUCUCCUCAUGCCCACGCUUGUAUUGGUUCCAUAACCAGUUGGCUACGAGAAACUGACGUCUAUUGGACAGACUCAGUUGUGGGGUCCAGAAGGUCAGCAAUCAAUCUUUGGAAUCCAGAGAUUCGGCACCAGUGGUCAGUAUGCGCACUGCUGGAGUAGUAGGCUCCGCGUUUGACAUGUCAAGGGAACCUGUCUUUUGACUCGAGCACAUGUUUAGGGAACAGCUAUCAUCAUGCUCAAAGCUGUGAUCCUCAUUGGAGGCCCCCAGAAGGGGACUCGCUUCAGGCCUUUGUCUUUUGAGGUGCCCAAACCGCUGUUUCCUGUAGCAGGAGUCCCUAUGAUCCAGCACCAUAUAGAAGCCUGUGCCCAGGUCCCUGGGAUGCAGGAGAUUCUUCUUAUUGGCUUCUACCAGCCCGAUGAGGCUCUCACCCAGUUCCUAGAAGCUGCCCAGCAGGAGUUUAACCUUCCAGUCAGGUACCUGCAGGAGUUUGCUCCCCUUGGCACAGGGGGUGGCCUCUACCAUUUUCGGGACCAGAUCCUGGCUGGGGCACCCGAGGCCUUCUUCGUGCUCAAUGCUGAUGUCUGUUCUGACUUCCCGUUGAGCGCCAUGUUGGAUGCUCACAGGCGCCAGCGUCACCCUUUCCUACUCCUUGGCACCACGGCUAACAGGACACAAUCUCUCAACUACGGCUGCAUCGUUGAGAAUCCACAGACGCAUGAGGUCCUGCACUAUGUGGAGAAACCCAGCACCUUUAUCAGUGACAUCAUCAACUGUGGCAUCUACCUCUUCUCCCCAGAAGCCCUGAAGCCUCUCCGGGAUGUUUUCCAGCGUAAUCAGCAGGAUGGGCAACUCCCUGGUUGUCCCACAGACAUCUUUGAGAACAGAAGGCAACACACACUUGGCUGCACAUGUGCUCAAGUGCAGACACGCACAGGCACACACACGCACACACGCUCGCUCGGGCUGCCCAGAGCCUUGCAGGCUAAUGUCAGGGAGGAGUCUCCAGGCUCGUGGCCUGGCGCAGGGACCAUCCGACUGGAACAGGAUGUGUUCUCCGCCCUGGCUGGGCAAGGCCAAAUCUACGUGCACCUCACAGAUGGCAUCUGGAGCCAGAUCAAGUCUGCAGGCUCAGCCCUUUACGCCUCCCGCCUCUACCUGGGGCGAUACCAGGUCACUCACCCAGAACGGCUAGCCAGACACACUCCAGGGGGCCCACGCAUCAGAGGAAAUGUUUACAUCCAUCCAACUGCUAAAGUGGCCCCGUCAGCCGUGCUGGGCCCCAAUGUCUCCAUUGGGAAGGGGGUGACCAUAGGUGAGGGUGUGCGUCUGCGAGAAAGCAUUGUACUCCACGGAGCGACUUUGCAGGAACACACCUGUGUCCUUCACAGCAUCGUGGGCUGGGGGAGCACAGUGGGACGCUGGGCCCGCGUAGAGGGCACGCCCAAUGACCCCAAUCCCAAUGACCCCCGAGCUCGCAUGGACAGUGAGAGCCUCUUCAAGGAUGGGAAGCUGCUUCCUGCCAUCACUAUCCUGGGCUGCCGCGUCCGGAUCCCUGCUGAGGUGCUCAUCUUGAACUCGAUUGUCCUGCCACAUAAGGAGCUGAGCCGGAGCUUCACCAACCAAAUCAUCCUGUGAGGGUGUGCUGCCAAAAGGGCCCCGGACUCCGCCCGCCCACUCUCCUUUGGGCCACUGCCUGCCUGGCCAGCUCAGUACAGAAAAGACCUGGGAGGAAGCCACCUUGUAGGGAGCCAUGUGUGUGGCCAGGGACACCUGGCCUCCCUCCCCACUCCCAAAUAAACCCCUGUGAACCUGGGA